AUGUUACCUCCAGCAUAUAAAAGAGGGCCUGGAAGGCCUAAAACGUUAAGAAGAAAGGAACUAGAUGAAAACCCCAAUAAGGGAAGGACACAAACAAGUUAUUGUUGCACAACAUGUACUGUACAUGGCCAUAAUGCAAGAAGUUGUAAGAGUCAAGUGGUUGACUAUGAAGCUCAAAAAAGAAAGAGAAAACCAAAGAAAGUUACAACAGGACAACCAUUUACAAAUACAAGUCAAGCAACUCAAGAACAAACCCAAGCAAGUCAAGAACAAACCCAAGCAAGUCAUCCAACUGAGGCUGCUAUCAAUGAACAUUCUGAAGCAAAUACAUCUCAAACAGAUGUUGACAUUGAGUUUGAAAUGCUAGCUGCAAAUCUUGCAGCAACAUUUGAGGCUACUCAAACUCAACUAAAUCUUGCUGCAUCAUCUCAGAGUGUGCAUGCUAUAUCAUCUUAA